AUGAUAGUAGGAGCUUUAAUUUAAUAAUAAGAAAGAGACAAAAGUCUUUCAAUUCAUUGCAGAUCACCCUUAGCAAAUGUUUAAUCAUAUUGCAUGGACGAAUUGAUGGGUAUAUCACGAAAAGCUAAAAAUUAGGAGACAAGCCCUCAAACAAACAAAUAACAAAAUGAUUAAAACUCACAUAUUUCUACAAAAGACACUAAGAGUAUAAGCGAUGAAGAAAAAGUUAUAAAAAUACUUUAAAAGCCAAAAAAUCUAAGAUCAUUUUAAGAAUUAAUGUUUUUGUAUCAAGAAUUCGAGAAGUUGGAAUACUUCUAGAUAAUUAAGCAGAGAUGUAAGGAGUUAAGAUACAGAGAAGCAAUAAAUGCUCUUUCAUACAAAUUUGUUGAAAAAGAUGAUUUUAUUAUCCGUAAAAAUGAAAUAGGUAAUGACUUUUACAUUAUAUUUUAAGGAUCUUGUUUUGUUUUGGAUGAAGAUGAUUCUCUUACUCCUUCAUAAAAGUUAGCUUAAAUUACUUCAAAAAAUCUUAUGAAUAAUUUACUAGAUACUGCUAAAUCUCCUUCCUCCUCUAACAGGAAGGCGUAGAAAUCUAGAGCUGGCUUCUCUAACUUUAGAUAAGCUUUUUAAACAUGGAAUGACAAUGAUGGUAGUAAUCAUAGUGACAGUAAAUAAAAUAUAUCUUCAGAUAGAGAAGAUAAAAUUGUUAAAAACCAAUCUUCAAAGAAAAACUCUAUUAUAAAUUCUCCUUAGCUAUCUAGUAGAAAAUCAGUUUUAAGCUAACGAAAUUCUAUCCUUAAAAUUCCAUUAGCUGAUGCUUCUUUUAGAAGAGAAUCACUAAUCCAUUCUUUAUUUAAAAGUUCUAUACCAAAUCUUAAAAUAAUUAAACUUCUGUCUAAAGGCGAAACUUUUGGAGAAAAGUCUAUUUUAAGCAAAUUUCACAAAAGGACAGCCUAUGUUUAAGCUAAGGAAGAUUGUCAUUUAAUCUAUUUGUCUAAAGCUGAUUACUUGAAUAUAAUAGGCAAUGAAAAAAGAUAAUAAAUAGAAAAAAUUACUGAUUUCUUGAGUGAAUUCAAAUUUUUAGAAGGAUGGUAGUAUCAUGAUAUAAAAUAGUUAAGUUAAAAUUUUUACGAAGAUAAAUUUGCUAAGGGAGAAUAUGUUUUUAAAGAAGGUGAUAAAAGCCAAAAUAUUUAUAUUAUUAAGAGAGGUGAAAUCAGUAUUCAAAAGGAAGUUAAUUUUUAAAUACCUUAAGUAGAAAAUUUAGAAGAAAGUAGACCCAAGAAUUUAUAGAAAAAUAUUGAAAUUGCAUGCUUGAAAGAAGGAGAAAUAUUUGGAGAAGAAGCUGUUAUUUAAUAUGAAUCAACCAGAUGCUUUUCUGCUAAAGUAAAAAGCCAAAAAUUUAAGCUAAUAAAAAUUAAUGCAUAAAAAUUUUUAGAUUAGCUUUGGGAUCCUAACUCUAAGAAAAUAUUCUUACAGUAAGCAAGUUAAAAACUAAAAUGGAGGUCUGAUAGAUAUCAUAGUUUAACAUAGAUGCAUUUAAAAUAGGUCAAAGAGAAAGAAUAAUUAGAUUAAAAAAGUUAUAAAGUAAAGCCUAAGAUCAAAAAAAUUAUAGAUACUCCUGAUAAAUAAUUUGUGCUGGAAGAAAAAUUUCUUUCUCCUAAAAGCUCUUUAAAUUUAUCAAAAAAUAAAAAUUCAAAGACAAACGAAAAUAUUUUAGUUGUUAAUACUAAACUUAAGACUCCAAAAUAAGAUAAUUAAAUAGAUAAAGAAGUAAUUAAAUAAAAGUUUACCAAAUAAUUUCCUAUUGCCUGGUUACUUCGUUAGUAAGAAGUCACUUUAAAGGAUACAUUUUAGACAUCUUAUACUUCUAAAAUUUCCGACAACAUAUAAAAACUAAGACCGAUGACAUCUUUAAUUGAUUAAAAAAGAUCUGAAAUAUUUAGCAUGAGAAUUAAAAGUGGCUAAAUUAAAUCUUCAGAAUCUACAAACAUAAAAAAUAUUUAAAAUAUAAAUAACAGUAAUUAAAAUAAGCAAACUAAAGCUUUAGAAAAUAGUAAUUCUCCGAAUAAUAGCUUGGCUUAGAGCACAUAAUUAAAAAAAUUUUCUCUAAGUGUAACAAAUUCACCUACUAAUUUUUUUAUUCAUCAAAACAGAAAAAGUAAUUUUACUGAGGAAUUAAAUUAACUUUUAUAAACGAGUUCCAAUCAUUCAAAAUUUUAUCCAUAAUCUUAAAGAAGUUCAGAUUCAAAGAUACCUUAUUUUGAUACGAAUCAACCAAAUAAAAUUGAAGAAAACUUGUUUGAUUAAAGUUUGAAUUAGCUUAGCAGACCAACUUCUUCAUAGACUACACCAAAAAUGAGCAAAUAAGCUUCUUUUGAAGGAUAAUAAACAUAAAGGAAUACAAAAUUGCAGCAUCAAGGAUCUAAAAUAGAAAAUUCUCUUGAAGAAAAAGAGUUAAUUAAAAAGUAAAAAGAUUUUAUCAAAAAUAAAUCUACACUACUAAGGGGUUUUUCAGCAACUCAAAAAAGAUAAAAUUUUUUUCAUACAAUGUCUAUGGGAGAAGAAGAGGAACAAAAAAAAAUUUUAUAUCUAAGAAAGUUUUUGGAAGAAAACAAAGAACAGACUCGUCUGCAAAAAACUAAAAGAGUAAGCUUAGACUAUCACAUUGAUAAAGAAAAAAACAAAUAGAAACUGUGGAAAAGCUAGUCUAUUAAUUUAACAAAAAAUAAUUUUUCAAGUCCCAGAAAUCAAAAUCAAAAUAAAAGCUAAAACUAAGAUUAAAAAGCAAAAAAAAGUAGUAUUUCAUCUGAUCAGUUUAGCUUGUUUGAAGAUGAGUAUUCAAAAUUUUCCAAAGAAGAAUAAGAAAGAUUGAGAUAUUAAGAAAUUUAAUUCGAUGAAGUUUUAGAUAAUAAUUUAUCAGCUUAAAUGAGCAUUUUAGAAAAAGACAUGAUGGAGACUUUGUCAAUGAAGGGACAACAAAUUACAAGCUAAUUGAACUAAGAGAUUCAAAAAUAAAAUAACGAUUUUAUUUUAAACCUCUUUCUAAAGAAAGGAAAAUAUAAAGUGAACAGUCCAAGACUUCAAAGAACAAUAGAUUAUAUUAAAAUAUUAAAGGAAGAAGAUGAAUCAAAAAAAUAUUUGUAAGAAUAAAUAAAAUUAGCUUUAAAUAAUUUGAAAUAAGAAUCAAAUUCUGAUUCACCAAAACCUCACUUUGAAGAAUAUGAUUUAAAUUUCAUUUAAUCUAAAAAGUAAAAAUAAAAAUAGGAACUUUUAGCAUAAAAGUAAUAAGAAAAUACUAAAAACCAAAGUUAAUUGCAAGAAUCUUAAAAAAUUUAAAUAUUUACAUCAAAUUCUUCUUAAAAAAUUAAUGAAAAAUAAGCAAGUACACAAACGAUUUAAAAUAAUCCCAAACAAUAGCAUAGAAGAAUAAAGAAAUCUUCAUUUGCUAUGAAUUCAUCUCAAAAUUUUCUUACGUUGAGACCUUAAACAGCAGCUAGUUCUUAUAAAUUCUAAUCUUUAACGACAGGAUUUUAAGAAAAAAAUAAUCAAAAUUAAUUAAAAUAACUUUUAGCUAAAUCAAAAAUACCAAAUACUUCAAGAGUUAGCUCAAGACCAUAAACAUCAAAACAAGAUGAGGAAGAGCUUUUAAAUCAUAAAAAAAUUAUCGAAAAUUAAUUAAAAAGGUAAAAAAAUUAAACUAGUGCAUUUGAAGUAAUGAACAAACUGAUAUUUGAAAGUGAUGAUAAUAAAAUUUAAAAUACUAAAAUUAAGAUUAAUAACUAUAAUUCAACACAAAAUUUAUUAUCUUAAAAACCUCAAUAAUCUAGCUCAGUUUAUGAUCCAACUUCAAAAAAGCUGUUUAUUCAUAGAUAGUUAUUUUAUAAUCCAAAGUGA